UGCAGCCUAUUUCCAACCUUUUUUUUUUUGCAGCCCUAUUCCCUCGACCGAGCCUCCCUCCCGAGCGAACCACCAGAGUCCUCACCGAGCGCGACAGCUAGGGUUCCUGGCCGGCCCUCCGCCGCGGCGCGACCAGCCGGCCGAAGCCUCCGCCGCCCCGCCGCCCGUACAGGAUCCCUCCGUCGAGCAACCCUCCCACCACCAGCAGCGCCUCCCUACCGGGACCCGCCGCUCCCGCCCGGCAACGCCGCCGCCCGGGGCCACGCCGGGGACCGGUCCGUAGGCAGUUGGAACAGGGCAUCGACGUUGUCAAUUGGAGGGGCUUGGAGCUGCUUUGGCAUCUACAGUAGAGCAAAUUAGAAGGUUAUGUUUGCAGACAUAGAUUUUAGAAAGCACCAACCUUCUGGUAAUGCAACCUCUACUAGUAUGGUGCCCCUGGAUGUUCCAAGUCAGGCACCUGAGAAGAUUAAUUCUCUGAAUCAAGUGAUUUCAGCAGAUGUACCAUGCGAGGCUCCUGUUGAUUUUGAUUCGAGAGAACUUUACUUUCUCAUUGCGCACUUCUUAUCACAUGGUCCAUUAAAGCGGACUGCUGGAGAACUUUGCAGUGAACUCCAGGAGCAUCAUCUGCUUCCUAGAAGAUAUCAUGCUUGGUAUUCGCGUGGUGGUUUCCAUAGUGGCGAAGAAAAUGAUGACGGUGUAUCACUCCCUUUGGAUUACCUCAAGUUAGUUGAGAGAUAUCCCCACAUUGGUAAAGACCACUUGGUAAAGCUUUUAAAGCAACUGAUGGUUAGUUCCUGCCACCCAGAGAGCUUGAUUGGAGCUGUGUCUCCAAAUGCUGCUGAUGUUCCAACCCUUCUUGGCUCCAACUCAUUUUCCCUUCUUGCAUCUAAUAGGGGCCGGCAAGAAAAGGAAAAUCACAGGUUGCCGACGUAUCUCCGUUGGCCACAUAUACAGGCUGAUCAAGUUCAUGGUUUAAGUUUAAGAGAGAUUGGUGGCUUCACUAAGAAUCAUCGAGCUCCUUCUGUCCGUGCAUCAUGCUAUGCCAUUGCGAAGCCAUCUACCCUUGUUGAAAAGAUGCAAAUUAUAAAGAAAUUGAGGGGACAUCAAAACGCUGUGUAUUGUGCUACUUUUGAUCGCACAGGGCGUUUUGUUAUUACUGGUUCUGAUGAUCGCCUUGUUAAAAUUUGGGCAAUGGAAACUGCAUUUUGUCUGGCUAGCUGCCGAGGUCAUGAAGGUGAUAUUACUGACCUCGCGGUGAGUUCCAAUAAUGCUGUGGUAGCAUCUUCAGCCAAUGAUUUCGUUAUUAGAGUGUGGCGUAUACCUGAUGGCAUGCCGAUCUCAGUGUUGAAGGGGCAUACAGGGGUUGUAACUGCUAUUGCAUUUAGCCCAAGGCCAGGUGCUGCUUUCCAGCUAUUGUCAUCAUCAGAUGACGGGACAUGCAGGAUUUGGGAUGCCCGAUAUUCUCAACAACCUCCACGAAUAUAUACACCAAAACCUCCAGAUGCUGCCCCUGGGAAGAGUGGUGAUGCAUCUUCCAGUGCUGUUCAAGUUCAACCAAUAAAUCACCAAAUCUUGUGUUGUGCAUUUAAUGCCAAUGGAACUGUGUUUGUUACUGGCAGCUCAGACACUUUUGCAAGGGUGUGGAAUGCUUGCAAGAGUAGUUCUGAGGAACAUGACCAGCCGAAUCAUGAGAUGGAUGUAUUAUCGGGCCAUGAAAAUGAUGUAAACUAUGUGCAGUUUAGUGGAUGUGUGGUAUCUAGAUCCUUUUCAUCUGAAGGCAGCCACACCACUAAGGAAGAAAAUAAUCUUAAACUAAGAAAUUCAUGGUUCACACAUAAUAUUGUUACUUGCUCCCGUGAUGGCAGUGCAAUUAUAUGGGUUCCACGAUCUCGGAGAUCGCAUGGAAAGAUUGGACGAUGGACACGUGCUUACCAUCUCAAGGUCCCUCCACCUCCAAUGGCUCCUCAACUAGUUCGUGGUGGUCCACGACAAAGACAUCAGCCAACUCCUCGUGGUGUCAAUAUGAUUGUCUGGAGUUUGGAUAACCGAUUUGUGCUUGCUGCUAUCAUGGACUGCAGAAUUUGUGUUUGGAAUGCUUCUGAUGGGAGCUUAGUACAUUCACUGAUUGGCCACAAGGAAUCUACAUUUGUUCUUGAUGUGCAUCCAUUCAACCCUCGUAUAGCAAUGAGUGCUGGGUAUGAUGGCAUGACAAUCAUCUGGGAUAUAUGGGAAGGAAAACCUGUACAGAUCUAUGAAACCGGUCAUUUUAAGCUAGUUGAUGGCAAGUUCUCUCCGGAUGGAACAUCACUUAUCCUCACCGAUGAGAUUGGCCAAAUAUUCUUUAUUGGUACAGGGCAGGGUGAGUCCCAGAAGGAUGCGAAAUAUGAUCAGUUCUUUCUUGGAGACUAUCGACCCCUUACUCAAGAUACAAAUGGAAAUGUUAUUGAUCAGGAGACACAGCUCCCACCUUAUAGGAGAAAUAUUCAAGACCUUUUGUGUGACUCGGGUAUGAUGCCAUACCCAGAGCCUUUUCAAAGCAUGUACCAGAAACGGCGAUUAGGUACCAUGGGCAUUGAGUGGCGGCCUCCCUCUGUAGAUUUUGCUGUUGGCCCCACGUACAAUGCAACCACUGGUGAAUACCAGAUCAUCCCAGUCAUUGAUCCAGAUAGGUGGGAGCCACUUCCAGAGAUACCGGACUUCUUUGAGCUUGAACCUGAGAUUGAAGUUAUCUCUGAUGAUACUGAUUCCGAGUACAACGGCAUGGAUGACAAGUCUAGUGAAGGAGAACAGGAGAAUUUGAGUGGUGAUUCCUCUGGUGCUUCAUACUCAAGUGCAGAGAUUGAUGGGAAUAACCUUAGCGAUAGUGCUAAUCUUCGCAGAUCUAGAAGAAAGAAGAAAAAAUCAAAGGCUGAUCUUGUGACUUCAUCUGGUCGGCGAGUUAAGAAGAGGAAUUUGGAUGAGCAUGAUGCUGCUACUGUGUCAAGGUCACACAGAGCUAGGAAGUCUAAGAAUGGUCGCUCUAGUAAAAGGAAAAGAUCACCUAAAUCUAGGGGAUUGCGACCUCAAAGACGCGCUGCUCGCCAUGCACUCAGUUUUUUAACAAAGAUGGGAGCUUCAACAGAUGAGGAUGAAGAGGACUCAGAGAGUCUCUCAGACAGUGAAUUGAACACGGAAAGCAUUGAAGCUGAGCCGUCAGCAUGGUAUAGCCGGCCAAGACUUGGUAGAGAGAGUAACCAAUAUGAUUCAGAAGAUGUUACACAACCUUCUCAUUUCACUGAAACUCGGGGGAGUUCUGGAAAUAACAGAAAACUGGUCCUGAGGAUACCACGCCGUGAUUUAAAAGUUGAAUUUCCAUCAGCUGUAUCAGUCAUGGGGGGCAGACAUGGAUCAGUUGAGCCGGAACUAGCUUUUGAGCCUGGAAGUUCCUCUGUUUGCAAGGCUGACCCACCUGCAGAUGGAGGUCAAAGCACAACAACCUCUGGUCUACAUGAUGUUUCUUCUGUUUAUAGUAACAGCACAAUCAAGUGGGGUGAGGUUAAGCAGCGAUCUUCAAAGCGUUGCAAGUUUGGUGACUCUUCCGCUGGAGACAUGUGGCCCUCUUCAAAUAAUGCAGUUUCACAGGAUGGUGGCAAAUCUGGUGUUCAGAAGACACCUCAUGAAUAUGGUAACGCCAUGCAACAAACGGUUGAGCAGACUGUACAAAAGAGUGAACGUGCAAUUUGUCUGGAUAGCAUCCAUGAAAAUCACGAUACUGAUGUUUAUAGUGAAGAUAAUUUACUUGGUGAAGAAAGGACAACUAAUAACAAUAAUACUCAUGUAGAGGAAGUAAACAACAAAGAAUGCAACCAACAGUCCCACAGUACUACUCAGUCUACUAUUAAACUGAAGUUAGUCAGGUCAAGAGGCAUUCCAGAUGCAAAAGGUUCACCGGACAAAUCAAAGACUACUGCAGUAGGGAGUGACGUGAACCCUGAGUGUGAUAAAGUUCCCAUGCAGCAUGAUGAGGAUCCUACCACCAAUCAACAUAUAAGCAGUGACUUCCCUAGUGCGUCUAGAGAUUUCCAGGAAUGCACAGAUAAAAGCACUGGUUUUCAUGAUUCAAGGAAGUUCCAUUCUGAAUCUGGGAAGACGAUUGCUGUGUACCAAAGGUCAAAGUUAAGUAAGCACAAGAAAAAAUUGGAUUCAGAUUCUGGCAAUGGAGAUAGUACCUCCGUCUCCAAUGAUGAUGGUGGGUAUCAACCUUCAGAGUACAGUCCUGUUGCACCUGGUACUGGUAAUUUGCGAAGAAGCACAAGGAGGUCAUGUGCAUACACUGAUGGUGGAGCAAGGAAUGCUAUCUCUCAUGUGAAAAAUUCUUCCCAUGAAGCAUCAACUAGUGGGAGACAAAUUGGUGCAGACGUGCAUGAGUGGGGUUCACCAUCAAAGACUGCUGGUUUAAGGUCUACUAGGAACAGAGUUCCUGAUACACAUUCAUUGGCAGAAAAGCCUCAAGUAUCCUCGAAUUGUUGGUUGAUGUUGUUGGAGCAUGAAGAUAUUUACCGUUAUAUUCCUCAACAUGGCGAUGAGGUUAUGUACUUGCGACAGGGCCAUGAAGAAUAUCUUAAAGGAAUGCGAUUAUCGGAUAGUUGCCCAUGGAAUCGGAUCAAAGGCCUUAAAGCUGUAGAGCUUUGCAAAAUUCAGGAUCUUUGUUAUACCACUUAUAAAGGGUCUGGUGAAAGCUGCUGUAAAUUAACACUUAAAUUCAUUGACGACACUUCAAGCGGGUUUAACAGAGAGUUUGUAAUCACAUUGCCUGAGCUGGUUGGCUUCCCUGAUUUUCUGGUGGAAAGAACACGGUUUGAAGCUGCUGUUGCGCAGAACUGGACUAUCAGAGAUAAGUGCAGAAUUUGGUGGGCGAAUGAUGAGGGAGGAGGAAGUUGGUGGGAGGGACGUGUGUUGGCAAUAAGACCUAAGUCACCUGAUUUUCCUGAGAGUCCAUGGGAUAAAUAUGCCAUACAGUACAAGAAUGAUGGUUCAGAUCAUCUGCAUAGCCCCUGGGAGCUCUAUGAUGCUGAUAGCCCAUUGGUUCCAUGGAAACAUCCACAUAUUGAUUCCAGUAUUAGGAAUAAAUUGUUAUCAGCAGUGAAUAAUUUACAGAACAAGUCUCGCAGAAACCAGGAUCACUAUGGUGUCCUGAAGUUGGACACUGUUGCAGGAAAAUCAGAGUUCAUAAACAGGUUUCCUGUCCAGUUUUCCAUGGAGGUGAUCAGGACAAGACUGCAAAAUGGUUACUACAGAACCGUGGAGGCUGUCCAACAUGAUGCCUCUGUGAUGCUUGCCAAUGCCGAGUCUUACUUCUCAAAGAGCGCGGACAUGACCAAGAAGCUUCUCAGGCUAUCCGAGUGGGUCGAAGAUAACAUCCUAUCACUUUAGAAGAUGACAUCUGAAGCAAGCAUAGUUUUGUUAGACGAAUGGGCCAAAGUAAAGUAGUUCGCUGGUUGGGAGGAGAUAGAGAUUCAUCUUUACUAACAACUGUCGCCAUAGUUCUGAAAGAAAAGCAAAAUUAGAAAGAGAAGAUGCUAGCGUCGUGAAAUCUGUCAGAAAAUGCUUUAGCAGAUCAUUGGAUUUGUAUAGACUAUUGUGCAUCAUCAGUCAAUCAAUAAAAACGCAAGGCAAAUAAUCGGUUGGGUAGAAUA